CACAGCCAUAAAGAGGGCCAUCUCAUCAGGCUCCAGCCGAAGGGAGCCUAGUUUCUCACUGAAGUCGAACAUUGCGUCCAGCAGAGAGCCCAUGCCCAAGGUCCGCAGGGUGGACAGGGGGAAGUGUGCUGCAGUCCUCCUCGAGGUCACUAGAGGGAGUCACCGCGCCAGAAAUCGUCACGCACGGUAGCUCCCAUCAACGCCCCUGCCCGAGCUGCGGGACACGGUGUCGGACUGGCAACAAACGAAGGGAAACUUCGGCGUGUCAUCCACUAUUUAGGUUUUCAAACUUCUGCGGGACCGCGCUCGAGUUUGGAGCGGAGGCUUCUUCCAGGCGAAGAAGAAGAAGAAGAAGAAGGAAAAGAAGAGGAGGAAGAAGAAGAAGAAGAAGCUCUGCUCAUCAGUCCGCUCCGUCAGCUACUCCAUCUGUCCGUCUGCCUCAUCCACACCAGAGCCGAAAAUUGGAGGACUCUUCUAAAGUGGAGCCCAGCCUUCCCUCAGUAAACCCCCAUCAUUGCCCAUCCAGUCCCCACAUCCCGAGAGGCUUCAAAAGGACACUUCUUUCAGCUCUUCCAAGGAUUUCCAGGUGUAGUGAGAACUGCUGCCUUCACCCAGUGGCCUGCCGCAGACCCCUGGGUGUGCUCCGUCGCCAUGGCUACCAACAGGGAACAGCAGGUGGGUCACAUGACCGGCUUCCCACCUGCUGUCUACCCGUUCGCCUUCAACUCCAUGAGAAGCCACUCCCCGUUCGACCUGCUGGCCAACAGUAGCCUGUUUGGGAGAUUUGGUGCCGACCUGCCCAAAGAGAUGGCCGCUCUCUCGGUGGAGACCCAGAGCACCAGCUCAGAGGAGAUGGUACCCAGUUCUCCGUCUCCACCUCCCCCACCUCGGGUCUACAAACCAUGUUUUGUGUGCCAGGACAAGUCCUCAGGGUACCACUACGGUGUCAGCUCCUGUGAGGGCUGCAAGGGCUUCUUCCGCCGCAGUAUCCAGAAGAACAUGGUGUACACCUGCCACAGAGACAAGAACUGUCAGAUUAACAAGGUCACACGCAACCGCUGCCAGUACUGCAGGCUGCAGAAGUGCUUCGAGGUCGGCAUGUCCAAGGAAGCGGUGCGCAAUGACAGAAACAAGAAGAAGAAGGAUGUGAAGGAGGAGGUGGUGCUUCCAGAAAGCUAUGAGCUAAGUGGAGAGCUUGAGGAGUUGGUCAACAAAGUCAGCAAAGCUCACCAAGAAACCUUCCCAUCACUUUGCCAAUUGGGCAAAUACACCACCAACUCCAGCUCAGACACCCGUGUCCAGCUGGAUCUGGGUUUAUGGGACAAGUUCAGUGAGCUUUCCACCAAAUGCAUCAUCAAGAUUGUGGAAUUCGCCAAGCGGCUGCCAGGUUUCACCACCCUCACCAUCGCUGACCAGAUCACUCUACUGAAGUCGGCCUGCCUGGACAUUUUGAUGCUGAGGAUCUGCACACGCUACACCCCAGAACAGGACACUAUGACCUUCUCAGAUGGCCUGACGCUGAACCGGACUCAGAUGCACAACGCCGGCUUUGGACCACUCACGGACCUGGUGUUCGCCUUUGCCGGUCAGCUUCUACCGCUAGAGAUGGACGACACAGAAACUGGCCUCCUCAGCGCCAUCUGCCUCAUCUGUGGAGACCGUAUGGAUCUCGAGGAGCCCCAGAAAGUGGAUAAGCUGCAAGAGCCUCUGCUGGAGGCUCUGAAGAUUUAUGCCCGCCGCCGUCGCCCCAACAAACCUCACAUGUUCCCCCGCAUGCUGAUGAAGAUCACCGACCUCAGGGGCAUCAGCACUAAGGGAGCGGAGAGAGCCAUCACUCUGAAGAUGGAGAUCCCAGGGCCGAUGCCUCCAUUGAUCAGGGAGAUGCUCGAGAACCCAGAGGCCUUCGAAGACCAAACGGAGUCCAACGACAGCCCGCCGCCUCCACCGCCGCCGCCACCUCCGCCCCCAGCCCUCGUCCUGAAGCAGGAGGCUGAGGACGAGGAGGACAGCUGGGCCACAGAGAACGGCAGCGAGCCCUCGCCAGAGGAGGAGGACGAAGACGACGACGACGACGUGGGGGAUGAAGAGCGAGACAGGGGCUCGGACAGUGACGGGGAGCCCUGGGGGGUUCUGGAUGCCAUAGAUGGGUCGAGGAAAGGCCUUGUUGGGAGGGCGCAGUGAACAGAGCGCUUCAUACAAACACAUGCUCACACACAUACACGUUCAAACAUACACAUACAUUGAGACGUACAAGACAACCUCACUCACUCUCCCACCUCAAUAAAAUGCUGGCCUUCCCUCCCCCCCUUCUCUCCUCAAUGCACAUCACUGUGUCCUCCACCGCGGAGCACAGCAGAGCCUUAUGUGUACAGACACUUUCUAACUCAGGCCACAUGGUCCAUGACAAGUGAACUACAGAAGAGUUAAAGGAGAGAUGACAGUAAAAACCAUAUGAACUCCUGACAAGAGGGACGCUAAAGUGACAAACAGAACAUAACCUCUUUCAGAAAGCUAAAAGUAUCUUCUUUUUUUUUUCUCCCACUAUUGUUGUCUAUAUCUAAAUAGGGGAACAGCCAAACCAGACACCAGAACUGAGCAGUUUGAUUCUGAUGGAUUACAACAAGCACAUUUCUCAAAAGACGAGUACAGGGCAAAACCAAAUCGCGUAUGCUUAUCUUUUGUUUUUGUGGUUAUUGAAUAUUGUUUUUUCUUUUUUUUUUUUUUUCAAUUUAUGAAUAAGUCCAUACAUAUCUAUAUACCAUUAUAUUUUUGUCUUUAUUUGUUAUUCUGGUUUUAUAUAUGAAUCCUUGUAGACGAGUUCUUUUUCUUUGAAGAGCUUUCCUGAGAAGAUAUUCAGAGGGAAAGAAGGGUAUUCAGAACUGGCUGGGUCUUCCUUAGCAGCUACAUAAUGCUUCGCUGGGGCUUUUUUUUGUUUUUGUUUUUCUUUGGGCACUUUGGCUCACUGUGGAUGUCAAUGAUAAUCAACCCAGAGGACUAUUGUUAUGUUGCAGUGACUCAAUCAGUUUCUGUUAUCAGGGAAUUGGCAUUAUUCUCUUUUGCUCUCUGUCAAAGCGGAAAGUAAGCAUCUUUGUGCCAAAGUUAGAAGAACUCAUCUUUGGAGCAUGAGUUUGACUACUGGCAGGGACUCACAGCAGAGCGCUAACACAUGCACUAACACGCACACACACACACACACACACACACAUACACUCACACUUCUUUCACUCUACCCUCAGCUGAAGCAGAUGUGCCGACCUGGUAUCGAGUGCCUGGACAGAGAUUUACACUUCACACCGUACAUGUAGCACUUUCGUGACCCUCUAUUCAAGUGAGACACAUCACGUCAGCUGAGCGUAGAGUCACUGGCUGUGAGCUUGUAUCUCUAAAACAUCAAUAUGUAGAAUACAAUCAACCUUAGAGCACUCCCUGGUGAUGUCAGUAGACAAACACACUUUCAGCAUCCGCUCAUAGUGGCAACAUUAUGCAUCAACAAACGAUCAAAGACAUAUGCAACUCAAAAGCAGGAAUCCUUAUGGAAGACAUUUUGAAUUCAGACUCAGGGCUUUUCAGUAAGGACCAAACCUCUAGCUGCUCUCAGGCACGCUAGAAACAGGCAAUAUUUAUGUGUGUGUUAUUCUUGACUCCAUUUUGAUCAGCUCAAACACCCCUCUGCGUGUACAUAGAAGGUGACAAGUCUGAAAAACAGCAUGGAUGCCAGUCAGACUCUGCCAGAGGGGGACAAAUCAUCAUCAUCAUCACCGUUGUCGCUGCCCCACCUUUGCUCAUGCUGGCAUCCAUGCAGCAAACUGCCUUCCUCAUCCCAAAAGCCAUUAUAUCAUCUUGUCUUCUUGUGUGUACAUCCUCGCCUCUCUUUAUAGGAGCCGCGGGGGAUUAUGUGUUCUCAUGUAUCAUUUCUUUAUUGCCAAAAUGUCUCUGUUGGCGAUCAGCUGCGAGGACGCGGCUGAUGUACAGUACAGAGGUUUAAUUUUCUGUCUCUCUUUGAAGCAAUAUGAACAUUCAGUCUGUAGCGGUGAGAGGUCCCAUCUUCUGAAUAUGGGCAGGUCUCCUCAUUUUGAGUCGUGCGUGCGUGUGUGCGGGAAUGUGCGCGUGAGUGCUUUAAACAUGUUUUCAGUCAUUGGGUGAAUGUCCUCGGCAUGGUGCUGUCAUACAACAAACACUUGUGUGAUGACCUCAUCCCUUCAAUCUCUGCUGGGCUGUCAUGAUGUUAAUGAUGGUGACGCAGGCAGAACAUUGAGAUUAUGUUGUUUUAAUGUUUUUUUUGUUUUGUUUUUUCAACAUGGCCAAGGUGUUGUCUACCCUCUGUUUAUGUCAACUCUUGUCAUACAAAGAAAAGCCAUAUAAACAGUAAGAGGCACAAUAAACUACUUUUGUGAGAUCA